UUUGGAAACGGACGUCGACAGAAAACAAGCCCGGAGGCUGAAUGCGCGUGGCCGCCAUCUUGGGCUUUGGAAACAACAUUAGACGAACUAGACGUACAGAUCAGCAGCUCUACUAGCCCAAGCCACUCAACGAGUGUGAUCCCUCCCUCCCUUGAUACCCAGACGCAUCAGUUGAUUGUUUUUGUUUUUUGGCCGAUUAUUUCGGAUUGAGAAAUAUAAUUUAACAUUGUGAUUGAACCAAAGUUGAGUUGAGAUUCCCAGCAACUUGUAGACCCCCUUUGCUGGACGCCUGUCAUCAUGUCGAAGCCGGGUGAUCGCAGUAGUGUUGCACAAACGUACAAAAUCGUCGUUGUGGGCGGGGGAGGUGUUGGAAAAUCUGCCAUCACUAUCCAGUUUAUUCAGAGUUACUUUGUGACAGACUACGAUCCUACUAUUGAAGAUUCCUACACCAAACAGUGUGUCAUUGAUGAUGUUGUUGCCAAAUUAGACAUUUUGGACACUGCUGGUCAAGAAGAAUUUAGCGCCAUGAGGGAACAAUAUAUGCGUUCGGGUGAAGGUUUCCUGCUCGUCUACUCAGUAGCUGAUCGUUCUUCCUUUGAUGAAUUGCCUCGUCUCCAUAGGCAGAUUCUAAGAGUCAAGGAUCGUGAUGAAUUCCCCAUGUUGAUGGUGGCCAACAAAGCGGAUCUCCAACACCAAAGAAUGGUCUCAUCCGAUGAGGGCCACUCUCUCGCCCGGCAGCUCAAAGUACCAUACCUGGAAUGUUCGGCCAAAUUGAGAAUGAACGUGGACCUGGCCUUCCAUGAGUUGGUUCGGCUCAUUCGCCGUUUCCAGGCUCUUGAGCGGCCACUCACGUCCAGCAAGGACCAACGUCAAGCACGCAAACGACGCAAGAUGUGCAUGCUCUUGUAAUAAAAAUAUGCAGCUACAACAAAAAACACACAAAAAAGGCUAAGAAAAGAAAAAUUCACAAUCAACUGCCCCUCUUUACCUCUACUCCCCCCCAUCUCUACAUUCAACAAAAUCAUGCAGCCUGAAGAAAGAAAAAGUUUGUCGCUUAUUCCCCUUUUCAUCGUCCCUUGAAGACCGUCGCGCGCGCAUAUUAAAAAAAAAGAAAAAACGGAAAAAUGUCCUCAAGUGAUUGCCAAAUCCGCACAGAUAACGUUUUUUUUCUUUAAACAUACAUAUUCUUCGAUGUUGACCCUCCUUUGCCCACCGCCUCCUUUUUUAAUGUUUAAACAAACAAAACACAGACAAAAAAAAGGAAAAUAAUUUUUCAGCUGUUCUAAACAAAAAAAGAAGCUUAAAAGAGUUUUGAGAGCUGACACUACACGAGGCAAUCAAAAACGAGUUUUGCAUUAAAAAAGGAACUAGGUAGCUGUGUGAUUUAGCCCCCAAUUUAACUCGACUAUUUUCGAACUUGUGGUUCGUUAUAUUUUUUUUCUGUCUCUUUAUCUUUUUUAAUUGGAAGAUAUAACAACGAUGUUAUUUUUUUUUCUCCUGCCUCUCUUCACUAUCGUGUAUAGAGCUGUCCCGUUCCUCUUCUGCUGACUGAUUCGAAAUUCGAAAACAAAAAAUGCUGUUAAUUGAAUUAACAAACGACAUACACACAAAAUACAAUGGCAGCCUUGUUAGCCCUUUCUCACACUAA